UUGCUAUGGGUUACAUGACGCACACCAAUAGCACGUCCAGCUGUCUGUGGAGUGUUGCAGCGUCGUUGGAAACAGCGUUGUGUUGUACAGUUGAAGAGUGCAAACAUGACUGCGGGUUCACUAGCAGCACCACAAAUAAUUCCCAUUCGCAUUCCUCCUCCGGGCAAAGCCAAGCAUGAAAUCGACUCCUGCACCCCUGUUGAAAUCAAAUCAGAGUCCUCUGAUGUGAGAAUCCUGUACACACUGGAUGGCAGUAAGCCUGAGAUUGUAAGGAGAACAGGUUUUGCUGACAGUACUCUGAAAUACACUGGACCUAUUCGCCUACCUGUGGGGAAAGUGUCUGUGAGAGCCAUGGCUGUCACCAGUGAUGGACGGCACAGCGCUGUCGUCACCAAGAUUUUCAUCGUGGAAUCUUCUCCUUUAGAUGAGCAAGACCUGACUAAGAAACGUGAAGAUGAUUCACUGAAGGAUGACAGACAGAUCAAUGGCAAAGAUGAAUCAAACAUGAAUUUAAAGGGAAGUCAAAAUGGAGCUGACUUGUCUGUUAAAUAUUUAGGUAUAUUUGGUGGUUCACAAUCAUUGUUCAUUAAUAAGUUAAACUUUUUCUUACUGUCUUAUGGUACUGUGGUGUUUUCAGAUGUUCCCAGCAUUGAACCUCAGAGAGCCCUGAAAGGCCCUCGAUUCCUCACACAACGCCUGGGUCCUGGUUCCUCUGUACGCCUGUCAACACAAAGCGCAGGAAGCCAGAGUGCAGAUGUUGUGCGAAGCCCCUUCAAAAACCUCACGAGCACUCAGAUGACUCGGAUUCAGCGAGAAACAGAUUUUCUUAGAUGUCCAAAGUGCCUGAGUCAUCGCCCUUCAGACCCCUUCGCCCGAUUCUGCUUGACCUGUGGAGCAGCAGUGCCCCCAAUCCCCGGACAGAGACUGCCCCCUACUGAGGGAGGACAGAUGGGUCUGUGUGUGCAUUGUAAAUCCAUGGUGCCUCUGAACACGCCCACAUGUAUUGUGUGUGAAUCUCCACUGGCCCAACAGCUUCAACCUCAAGCUAGUCUAAGACUACAGAAUAAGAUCAUCUGUCACUCAUGUGGCACUGGAAACCCUCCACACAUGGCACAUUGCGUCACUUGUGAAUCCAAACUUGUUCAGGAAAGCACACCUGUUUUAAGUGGACAGAGAGCUGCACCUCGACCUUCUACAGAAGGAAAAAUGAUCUCAUGCUCCAAGUGCAAUAGAAUCAACCAUUCAGAUGCUCGAUUCUGCGACUGGUGUGGGGCGAAGCCUGGCCAUACGACCAAGAGUCUGACGUGCUCUCAGUGUGGGGCGAGCUGUCACCCUUAUGCAAAUUACUGCGGGGGCUGCGGUGCCUCUCUGGACGGACCACCCAGGACCACCCCGGUACCGAUCACACAGGAAUCAGAUCAGACCUCAGCCACCUGGCAAGCUGUGCCUGCUCAUGAAUCAACAACUGUGCCUCCGGCUGCAAGUCUGCACACUUGUGCGGAUGCACAGACACAAACGCUGGGUCUGUUUUUUCCAUCCAGUACCGAGAUGAAAAAGCGAAGCCAACAGAGGGAGGCGGAGCUAAGCAGACAGGAACACAUGAGUGACAGGAAGCCACUGCUUACUGCCAUCAGCCCAGGCCGAGGGUUCUGGAGGAAGCAACUAGAUCACAUUUGCGCUCACCUGCGCAGUUACACACAAAAUAAUACCGAGUUCAGAGCUCUGAUUGGAGAACCUCGUCUGGGCAGAAUGAUCUCUGCUGUGAUUCAGGAGGACAGCUAUGAAGUCAGUCUGCGCAUCAAUUUCAUCUCUGCUUCACCUGAAGCGUCCAGGGUAUUAAACACUCCUUAUUUUGUGUCUCUUGAGCUUUGUAUGUUUGUUGUGUUUGUGAUUGUACCUAUAUGUGAUAUGUUUUUCCAGUCGUCUUCUGCCGGACAGCAGAGUAGAUCCGUGGCGUCUGAGAGCCAGAAUCUCAGUGCUGUGACAGAGGGGAGAAUUUCAGCCAGUCCAGUGAAUGACAAUAGCACAGCAGCAUCUUCAGUCAAGAGAAAGAAGCAGAAAAAGAUCUGGAGCUCAGACGCAACAGAAAAGCAGCCGGAGUCUAAGGAUAAUCUGCUGCUUAAAGAGUUGGGGCCGGAGGGGCGGGGCCAAAUCUCUGUGAUGCAGCAGCUGUUGGAUGAGGGUGCCGACCCUGCAUGCCUGUGCAGCGAUGGGCGUCCUGCUCUCGUUGCCGCAGUGCUAAAUGGACAUCAUGAUGUCAUUCCCGUGCUGGUACAGAGAGAUGCCAAUGUUAACCAAACAUCCGGACCGUUGAAUAAUACCGCCCUUCAUGAGGCUGCAGCUUUGGGAAUAGAUUGCCUGAAGAGUGUCGAGAUAUUGCUGGGGUGCAAUGCAAGUAUCAGAAAGAAGAAUGACAGAGGUCAGACGGCAUAUGACAUUGCCGUGGCCACAGGGAAUAACUCCGUGAUCUCACUGAUGGCGGCUCACAUGGGUCAGGGUCUCCUGCAGCGGCACACGAAAACCAGGAGCCCCUCGGGAUUAGAUACAUUCUCAUGAGAUAGAUCACCAACCUCAACCAAAGUUAAUCCUAUAUAUAAAACUACUUACUAAUAUUGAUAAU